AUGGGCCUCUCACAGUAUCCAACUCCAGCGGAUGCAGGAGUGCUCUGUGUUAUUCUAGUGAACACAGCCAUAUCCAUCUCCAUUGUCAAGGAGAUGGUCCGAUCGAUCCUUCAUGUGAUUGGCAUCCAUAUUGCAUCAUGGGACGAUUAUUCCAUCGAAGGCUCCUUGGACUCGUUUGAAUGUCGCAGAAGCCCAUCAGAGUCAUAUAUGGAGGAAUUCAGAAGCCAUACCCCUGCAAUUCGUUAUGAUUCAAUCUGUAUCUCUAACCAUGCUGAGAAAGAGUGCUCCGUCUGCCUGACAGAUUUUGAGCCUGAUGCAGAGAUAAACCAUCUCUCAUGUGGCCAUGUUUUCCACAAGCAUUGUUUAGAGAAGUGGCUCAAGUACUGGAAUGUAACUUGUCCACUUUGCAGGAAUUACAUGAUGUCUCAAGAAGGCGAAGAAGAUACUUGUCCUAUGUGAGGUUAGAAGUUUAUCGAGGCUAUAACACUACUAUACAUCUUGAGGAUGUCCUGGUGUACAGCUUAGUAGUGUACAGGCUGAGUACAUGCAAUGGUUGAUCUUUGACAUUGGGUAGUUCUGUAGCUUUUCGUGUUUGUAAUGCUUGGCGUCCUCUCAGAGUGACGGGUCUCUUUACUGCGACCAAGAAUUCAUACAUUCACGUACAUAAUAUAUGGAAGAUUUUGCUAUGAUGUUUUCCAUCA